GGAGUAGCAAAUUGAAAAAAAAAAUCCAUCUCGAGCCCAACCGUCCUCGUUUCCGUUUCCUUCUCCCUGCUCGCGUUCCUCCCUUCCGUUCGCCGCCGCCGCCGCUGCCGCUGCAUCCGUCACCUUCACACAGCGUGCGCUCGCUCCCUCUCUUUCCCUCCCUCCUUUCCUCUCUGUCUGCGACGACUGGGUGGGCUACCGCCGCCGCCACCCUGCGCCAGGUGCCGAGGCUUUCGCCUAUCUCUUCGCCGGCGAAGAGCGCCCACCAGGUCCUAUUACUAGAUCCGCCCCUGAUGCAGGCCGCAAGGAGGCUAGCGUGUUGGAGCCUCCAACGACGCCUACUCCUUCCCUCUCAGGCUCAGGCCCCAAGCAUCCCAACGGCGGCAGCCUUCCUCCACUCCCACGCCACCAGCUUCGGGUACAAACAGGUGCGCGAAGAGGAAAAGAGCAAAUUGGUUGGCAACGUUUUCAGCAGCGUGGCUUCCAGCUACGACCUCAUGAACGAUUUCAUGAGCGUGGGACUGCAUCGGCUGUGGAAGGACAGGCUUGUUUCCAAGCUGAAUCCCUUUCCGGGGAUGAAGCAUCUCGAUGUGGCUGGUGGAACAGGCGAUGUUGCUUUUCGUGUACUGGAAAGAAUUAAGAGCGUGGGUCACAGAGCUAUGCAGGGUACUCUUACUGAAAACGAAGAAGACACCCACAUUUAUGUCUGUGACAUUAAUCCAAAUAUGCUAAAUGUUGGGAAGAAGCGUGCUGCAGAAAGAGGGUAUAGCGAAGAACAUUGUCUUAGCUGGAUACAAGGAGAUGCAGAAGCUCUGAGUUUUGAGGAUGGAUCUAUGGAUGGUUACACUAUUGCAUUUGGGAUCAGAAAUGUGACGCACAUUGAGAAAGCUCUAUCAGAAGCUUACAGGGUUCUAAAGCGAGGGGGCAGGUUCCUAUGCUUGGAGUUGAGUCAUGUGGAUGUCCCUGUUUUUAAAGAGAUCUAUGAUGUUUACUCAUUUUCUGUGAUUCCGACUAUUGGAGAGCUGGUUGCUGGUGAUCGGCAGUCGUAUCAGUACUUGGUUGAGAGCAUCCGUCGAUUUCCAAAUCAGGAAAAGUUUGCUCAGAUGAUUCAGGAAGCCGGAUUCCAGAGGGUGGAAUAUGAGAACCUCGUAGGUGGUGUAGUUGCCAUUCAUUCUGGGCUGAAACUGUAAGCUGAAUCAUGUGACGUGUGCAACGUGCAUUUGAUCUCUCAGAAAAUAAGGAAAGAUAGCUAGAUGCAGCCUACUUUGUUCUCCUGUGGUGGUCUUCCUCAAAAACUUUGUAUGUACGGAUCUUAUUGUUCAUAUGGAGAGACCGAAAUAAAAUUCCUUUUUCCCUGCCUUGUAUAAAGAAUACGUGUUGAUCA